UUUAUAGGAAAUUAAGCAUUUUUAUACUAUAUAUACAAUACACUUUUUGAAAUUUAAAUCAGAAAUGAAACCAGAAAGCGAUUAAUUUAAUCGGAAAGCCAACUAGAGCGAAGCAUGAAUCAUACACGCCCCCCCUUCCGCUUGUCAUAUUUGUGGUUGUGAAGUACUUGAAUGAGUGUGUGAACAAUUUAAAUGUUAUUUUGAGUUCAAAAUGGCCCGGGAGUACGAUCAUCUCUUCAAACUUUUAAUAAUUGGUGAUAGUGGUGUCGGAAAAAGUAGUUUACUACUGAGGUUCGCCGAUAACACAUUUUCAGGUAACUACAUAACCACCAUUGGUGUAGAUUUCAAAAUUCGAACCUUAGAAAUUGAUGGAGAAAAAGUUAAACUACAAAUAUGGGACACUGCUGGUCAAGAGCGAUUCAGAACUAUCACUUCAACGUAUUAUCGAGGAACACAUGGUGUUAUAGUUGUGUAUGAUGUGACCAAUGGAGAAUCAUUUGCAAACGUCAAAAGAUGGUUACAUGAGAUUGAGCAGAAUUGUGAUAUGGUCAAAAGAAUAUUGGUAGGGAACAAGAAUGAUGAUCCAGAAAGGAAAAUAGUUCUUACGGAAGAUGCACAAAGAUUUGCUGACCAAAUGAAUAUAAAAUUAUUUGAAACAAGUGCAAAAGAAAAUAUUAAUGUGGAAGAGAUGUUUAAUGAAAUAACAAGGAUGGUUUUACAAAGCAAAAAGGAAUCCAAAGAACGCCAGCAGCAAGGAAAUGAAAGUACAAUAAGAUUAGGUAAAGUGCCUGGAAAACGAAGAAUGAAAUGUUGCUAGCGUUGAAAGUUCCUUAG